AACUCCUUCACCAGGACAAACCAUGAUGAAUGUAGAAGCGGCAUCCAAAGAACCCACAACGUGGCGCCGCGCCUUUGAUCCCAAAAGGACAAUGGCUACUAUCUGAGAGCCAUACCUCUGGUCUUUCAAGCGGACUGUUUGCAAUGCUGAACUUGCUGCAUGUUCUGUGCUCCGCAUUGAUCAACGCGCCUCGAACGAGCCAGCCGAGAUUACCAACCAGUAAAGAGACCCUGUAGCGUCUCACGAUAGCGCAAUGUUCGUCGACACUACUAUCUACUAACGCCAAACCCACAUGACUGCAACCGAAUAUCUCCUUUUAAGGUUUGAGACUCUGAGAGUGCAGACUUCAUUCUGCGACUUUCCAUUAUCGUCUCCAUCUAUUUUCCACUCCUUUCAUUCUCACCCUCAGUCGCUCGCUGCAUACAAACAUUCUCCAAUCAUCGCACUGUUGUGCAUGAUGCGCUUCGCAGGUUGGCCGAUCGUACUUUCGGCAUGCUUACUGUCAACUUCCUCUGCAUGGCCUGUGCAAGUUCGCCAGCUUUCUGAUCUUCUGAGCCCGGUGCUCACUGCUGUUUCGAAACUCACCGGUCCAGUUCUUGAUACAGUCGCUUCUUCAAAUCUACCUGGAUCUUCUAUCCUCAAUCCGCUCUUGGAGGUCGUCCAGCAGACGGCUUCGGGCCAGGGCCUCGUGCAAGGUGUGCUGGGAGGCCUCGAUGGUGUCUUGGGCGAGGAACAAACAUUCGAUUAUGUCAUUGUGGGCGGCGGUACUGCUGGUAUUCCGGUCGGCGUGAGACUGGCCGAGGCCGGCUUCACAGUAGCGAUUGUCGAGGCUGGACUCUUCUACCAGCUUGGGAAGCCUGUGCUAGGUACGACACCAACAGGCGCAUUCUUUGGUGCAGGAUGGAACUCGCUCGAUCAGUUCCCACUUGUGGACUGGGGCUUCACGACGGAACCACAAGAGGGCACGGGUCAGCGACGAUUGCAUUAUGCUCGUGGAAAGGCACUAGGGGGCACGUCCGCUCUCAACUUCAUGAUUUAUCACCGAUCGUCCUCCCAAGCCUACGAUAUGUGGGCUGACCAGGUCGGGGACGACAGCUAUCGGCUCGUGAAUCUUCAGCCUUACUUUGAGAAGAGUGUCAGUUUCACGCCUCCCAACACUGAAGUUCGCCCGGCCAACGCGACUACCCUGUACGAUGCAAACGACUUCACCACUCCCGGAGGGCCAGUUCAGGUAAGCUACACGAAUUUCGUCUCCACCUGGACAUCGUGGCUAGAGCAGGGCCUGAAGUCUGUUGGGAUGAAAGUCACUACAGAAUUCAACAGUGGUAAACUACUCGGGUAUCACUACGCGCAGGCAACCAUCAGACCGGAAACACAGUCCAGGAGCGCUUCGGAUGAUUAUCUUCGGCUUAUUGAGGAUACCUCGAAACUCAAGGUCUUUACGCAGACAACCGCGAAACAGAUCAUAUUCAAUGGAACCACUGCUGUCGGCGUCAAAGUCAAUACCCUUGCUCUUCUCGAGAGAACAAUAUAUGCCAGCAAGGAAGUGAUCCUAAGCGCAGGCGCGUUCCAAUCGCCCCAUCUACUCAUGGUAUCUGGUAUUGGGCCAAAAAGCACUCUCGACUCCUUCGGAAUUCCGGUCGUCUCGGCGCUCGAGGGCGUGGGACAGAACAUGUGGGAUCAUAUAUUUCUAGGCCCAACGCACGAGGUCGCUUUCGACACCUUAUCAAAAGUCUUCCGUGACCCUGUCGUACUGGCCGAGACUUUGGCAGACUAUCUUGCCGUGCCGCCAACAGGCCCGUUGACAUCCAAUGUAGCCGAACUGAUUGGCUGGGAGAAACUCCCCGAGAAAUACCGUUCCACAUGGUCCGAAGAAACUAGAGCGGCAAUGUCACAAUUCCCACCAGACUGGCCCGAAAUCGAAGUCUCCACAGCCAACGCGUACAUUGGUGAUUUCAUGUUCCCAUUACUCCAACAACCGCUCAAUUUUAACCAAUACGCCACCAUCUUCGGCAUCAUGAAUGCACUGACAUCGAGAGGAAACAUCACCAUCACAUCCUCCGAUAUCAACGAUGCUCCCAUCAUAACUCCAAAUUACCUUACCACUAAAGCAGACCAAGAAGUCGCCGUCUCCUGGUUCCGUCGCAUGCGAGAGAUCUGGGAUACUCCCGAACUCCAAUCCAUCACCAUCAAACAGGACGACGGCUCUGCAGAAUACUGGCCCGGUCCCGACGUUGACACUGACGAGGAGAUUUUGGACCUCAUUCGAUCGAGUUUCAUGACGGUAUGGCACGCGUCGUGUACGUGCAAGAUGGGCAAACGCGAGGAUUCGAUGGCUGUGGUGGAUAGUGGUGCUCGAGUGUUUGGCGUGGAGAAAUUGAGGGUGGUGGAUGCUUCAAGUUUCCCGCUGCUGCCGCCAGGACAUUUGCAGAGUACAAUUUAUGCGCUGGCGGAGAAGAUUGCAGAUGACAUUGUGCAGGGACGCUAAUUAGAAUGGGCUGCAUCUAGACUGGACUGGGCUGAGCUAAGCUGAGCUGUAAAGGUGGAUGCCAUGGUGCCAAGUUGCAUGAGCCCAAGCUGUUGAUCCCGGCACGUUGUGAUGGCGGUAGACACAUUGCUUGAUAUAAGGAUGAGGAAGAAACCACGGUCUUCUGUGGAAAGUCGCAUAUCAGCGGCGUUGUAGUCUGCCCAGUGAAUAUCGUGGUCACCACUGUCGCCCAUGUUCC